CAAUCUUAAAAAUGCUUAAAGAUAUAAGAAUUAAAAUAAUGAAUAGGUUAAGAGUGACGGAAAGGAAUGCAAGCAAAUGGACUACUAAUUAUAGUCCUAGGUGCAUGAAAUUGUUCACUGCCUAUAUGAAAAUAGCCCAGUUAUGUAAUGUUGAUUUUAAUGGUGAUCUUGGGUAUGAAGUGUCUAAGGGUGAAGAUAGGCAUAUAGUGAACUUGGUUGAGAAAAAAUGCACAUGUAGGUCAUGGCAGUUGACUGGCAUUCCUUGCCCCCAUGCCAUCAAGGCUAUGUUGUACCAGAAGAUAGAACCAAUGACUGAAAUUAAUUGGUGGUACAGUAAGGAAGCUUACUUGACGACAUAUAGGGCCAAGUUGAUGCCUGUAAGAGGUGAAAUUCUGGAAUGUACUGCCAGAACAUGCAAUGGACCCACCUGAUCUUGUGAAAACUGUUGGAAGACUAAAGAGAUCAAAAGAACUAGAGAAAAGGAUGCAUCAACUAAAAGAACAGGAGAGUGGGCUCACUCAAGAAAAUUAACUAAAAUGACAUGUAGUAAGUGUGGUUUAUCAACUCACAAUGAAAGGACAUGCAAGCUUGGUGAAGAACAACAAAGGGCUACAUUGAAGAAAAUAAGGGUCAGAACUGAAGAAGAUGAAGAAGAAGUUGAAGAAGAAGUUCACGAACAUCUUUAUGAUGUUAACAGUUCAGCCCCUAGACCAACACAAGAGGAAGAAUACCAUUUUAUGCCUACACCUACAUUAUCACAACAACAGUAUGAACCAUUUAGUCCUACUAGAGAGCCUGAAAGUGAUCCAGAUAUAAGGCCUCAAGUCAUAUCUGAACAUCUCACAAAAUUGAAGAUGAGGAUGAAUCAAAAAAGAGCCUCUAGAAAUAGAGUGAUAUCUUUUAAAGGUGAUCAUGCUGGAAUUAGUGAGCCUACAGAUUUGCCUUACUCACCCACUAAGCUCACUUGAAAAAGAAAAGAAUCUUUCACUACGAACCAGUUGAAAAGAGAAAAAGAGAAGAAGGUGGGCAAGUUGAAGACAAGAAAAGCUAAUGGGAGAUCUCAGAUUUAGUAUGUUCUGAAUGAUGCAAAGAAAUUGACAGCCUUUACCUAUUUUUUCUUGAAGUUCGUAGAUGCAAAACAACGAAUGUUUGUGUUUUAUUUUGGGUUAAUUUGGUAGAUGCAAAAGAAUGAAUGCUUAUGUUUGUUUUUGGUUUGAAGUUGGUAUUAAGUUAUGAAGUUUGGUGAAGCAUUAAUGUUUGAGUUUUGUCCAAAUUUUUAUUUUUGAGAAAUUCUAGCAGGGUUACUAAAUUUAUGUGAUUUAAUUGGUUCGCACUAACUGUUGGAAGAACCUCUGAUUAUAUU